GAGGCAGGAGCCAGCAAUUUAUGGACGGCCAUGCUGCAGAGAAGCAGCAAAGUUCGUGUCGUGAAGUCUCGCUUCAGGGACGCUGCUGCUAGAGCUGCAGUCAACAACCGUUCAUCUUGUGAAGCAUCGAGCCAGAAGAAUUCCAGUGCGUCAAAUGAACUUAUCCAGGACACCCUGCUGGGCAACUACAAUAACUCAACUAAUGCAGGCUCUGGAACAAAGCCCAAAAUAAAAUCAAUUGGGAACAAAAAACAUAUCUCUACUAAUACUGCAAGAACUUUAAUAAAAACCCAUACAUUUGGUAGCUCCUUGGCACUGAGUAAACCAAGUGUUAGUAAAAUAUUGUCAGCCAGCAAUACCAGUGGAGGUUCAUCUUUUUCAAAAAGCAGUGCAAAUUUGUCUGGUGAUGUAAAAGCUAUAGAUUCUAAAAAGCUGUCGUCUAAAACAGCAUCACCCUGUAAAUAUAAGUAUAAUAUCAACAAGUGUCCUGUGAAUAGAAAAGAAAAUGUUACUCCGAGUAAGGCCAAGGCUUCCAGUAGAAUUUACUCAUCUUCCAGCAGAGCAGCUAGCAAGCUACACUCGACUGCUGUGAAUGCCACAAUUCUCAACACCACCCUUCAAACUGCCAACACUCCACAUUUCAGCUCAACGGUUCUGAGUCAACGUGGUCGUGGAUUUUCGCCCAACUUGCCCGACCUGCCUGACAUAUCAGCCAUCAAGCUCGACCUUGGUAACAACAGCGGCAAAAGCUCCAUGGUCUCUGAUCCUGAUGUGUCUUGUGAACCUCCCAUCACGCGUUUCACUGUCCCCAGCCCCUCCAAUGAUGCUAAUGAUGAUGAAGUCGGACAGUUAACACAAGUGUCAGCUGAAGACCUGGAGCUGAGUUAUCUGCAAUACCUGACGUGGUGUCAUGUGAACGCCGCUGCUAGUGCCGCUCAUCAUUCUGUUGUCCAGCCCGCCUUG